UGACCAAGAAAAGAAAAGAGUCAUGACGAUGUAUAAUAAUGUAUUAGUUAAAAAGUUACGAGUGAUAUUUAAUUAGAAAUUUAUUGACGAAGGAGCUAUCUACGGGAUAGAUACGGGUUAAGCGACAUCUACCUACCUAGUCGCUUCCUUCUUUGUUACGUAAUCAAUUUUGACUCAUCAAUUGAGUCAUCUCCAAGUCCUUUCUAAGUCCUCUAAAUUCUUCAAGUCUCCAAUUUAUCUCACCAUUUUACCAACUAGCACUUCAAAUGCUGUCGGGCUUCUUAAACUUUGCGAAAUCUUCUUUUCGCAAGCAGGCAAGAUAGGUUUCGCCAUCUUCAACUGUUAUGCCUAAGAAAAGACACAUAAACCGAUACUCAAAACCGCCUUCAGUAGCCCCGCCUUCGCUUACCCUAUCCUCCUCGUCACGAUCGACGCCCGAACAACAUGAGCGCUCAGUAAAUCAGAUCCUCUCCGAACUGCGACGGACCAGUAUAAAUCAAAAUGGCGCCCGUAACAACUUUUCGGUAGCGACACCCACUGUCCCUCCUUCGAUCCGCCAGAUUCUCCAAAUCCCCGAGACACCCGCUCCACUGCCCAGAAGACCACAGCGUCGCGAUGCUAGUGGCCGUCGCGCACCUCCAGGCCCCCCGCCACCACGAAGUUGGCUAUCACUAGCACAGUCGCAACACGCUCCUCCGCCCGAUCCGAACGCCGAUGUUGGAAGUUGGAUUCAGCACUGGCCUCUGCCAGGCGCCUACGCACCCGAAGAUGGUAGUCUAAUAGAUCAGCUUCUUCGACGGAUGGCUCUAGAUUGGGAGCAACAACGCCAUUGGAACCAGUUUUAUCUAUAUACACUCCCCAAUCAAUUGCGAGCGGCGUUGCUCAGCUAUGUUUCUGAGCUUUAUGGGCCGGGGUUGACCGCUAAAGACUUACGACUAGUCCUGGCUGGCCCUGCGGACGAGAUGCUUGCAGAGUACGGCAUCGAAAAGCCUGAUCUGAAUGUACUAAAUGCGGACAUAUUUUGCUUGGAUUUGACUAGCUCGGUCGGAAAGUCGUUAACAAUAAAGGAGUUGAACGAAUUACUUCACCCUCCCAAAGUCGCCAUUGAGACUGAUCUUAAGGAUUCGUGGGAUGCACCGGAACCUGUUGCCGGAGCAGUUCAACUCUUACCGAAUUUAACACGGCUAUCCCUCGCAGUUGACCCUGAGAAUGCACCUAAUGUUUCUUGGAAGCAACUCCUCGGACUGGCUAGUAAAUUGUCAACACUUUCGCAUCUCAACUUAUCCGGCUGGCCUGAACCAUCUUUAACCCCAAAUGCGAAAUUCGCCAAAGUUUCAUCUUCGGUGACCGGGAGAACUAUCCAAUACGGAGGCACCGGGCCAUACAGUCACAAUUUAGACGGCGAUUGGUCCGAAGCAAUCCUAAUUCUCAAGCGUUUGAGCAAAUUCCUAUAUCGCCUCGAGUAUCUCGACUUAACCGGCUGUAGUGAUUGGUUCCCGGCGCUGAUGAAAGAGUCAGAUGGCGACUUCACUCUCGACUUUGUCGAUUGGAUCGGGGACUGGGGCAAAAUCACAACAUUAAGACUUUGCUCCGGUUACGCUCUCACGGAUGAAUCAUCGAGAGGCCAAAUACUUCGAUUUGCAGAAUGGGUAGAAUCCGCGAAGGCAGUUGAAAAGCAUAUUAGAACGAAGCGAUCCGGGAGGGGACGUUGGAUCACAGUCGAGAAGGAUACCCUAACGGACGGCGCGAAGGCGGUUGUGGAGAGUCACCAACUUAGUGGUAUUAUAUAAGCUGGGCAGAAUUUAUCGCCAAAUCAAUUUAAUACUAAUCACAUUGCACGAAAAUUACAGCUUACGCCCCUAGAAACUGAGCUUUUCAGUUUAUCAUAGCCUAAGGAGUCCGCGCUCUACUCGCGAUUCCCCCACUAAAAUACGCUAAAAUAAAAAUAAAUACAACGCUUUCAGGGACUACACCAAACUACCUAGGUACCAGU